AUGACUGAGGAUAAAUCUCCAAAGACGUCCAUUGAGCCACCUGCCUCUCAAGAGCAGGAGCCGCCGUUUCGCCUUCUCUCCAAGAAGCAGAAAUGGAAUAUUGUCAUCUUUGUCUCCUUGGCGGGCUCCUUAUCGCCCCUCUCAUCGAACAUUUAUUUUCCCGCUAUCGACACCAUAUCCUCUGAUCUGGGUGUGAAUGCGUCCCUGGUUGCGCUGACAAUCACCAUCUACAUGGUUGUUCAGGGGAUUGCUCCCUCCAUCUUCAGCACGCUCUCAGACACCUGCGGCCGCCGUCUCACGUUCACAAUAUGCCUCACUAUCUACACAGCUGCCAACCUGGCUCUCGCUUUUACCUCCAGCUAUCCAAUGCUGAUGGUCCUGCGAGGCCUGCAGGCCGCCGGAUCUGCAGCUACGAUUAGCAUCAGCACUGGUGUCAUUGCUGACAUUACAUGUUCAAAAGAACGUGGUGGCUUCAUGGGGGCGAACGCUGGUAUGCGGAUGACGGGCCAGGCAUUCGGACCUGUCAUUGGAGGUGCUCUGAACAGUGUGUGGGGGUUCAGAAGCAUUUUCUGGAUGCUGUUUGCCUUGAGUGUGAUCAUCCUCGGCGCCCUCCUUAUCUUUCUGCCGGAGACUCAUCGCGGCAUAGCGGGCAACGGCAGCAUCCCUCUGUCGGGUUUUAACAGACCCUUUAUCUAUAGACUCAAAGCACCAAUGGCGUCCAAGGCAAACCCUGACAUGAGUGCCCCACCGAAGCCUCGUCCGCCGAUAUCGAAGAAGAGAGCCUCCAGCCCUUUAGCCUACAUCUUUGAAAAGGAUAUCGCAGCCCUUCUGGCCUGGGGCGCAGUGGCCUACACCGCAUGGAGCAUGGUGACAUCCUCAACUACAACAAUGCUGCUGCACGGCUUCCCCUAUCUUACAGAGUGGCAGAUUGGCCUAUGCUUCCUCCCCAAUGGCGUUGGCUGCAUCUGCGGCUCGCUCAGCUCCGGCUGGCUCCUAGACCAAAGCUUCAGACGCGCCCAGGAGCAGUACAGACUGGCGCACAGCAUUCCCUCCGACGAAAGAAUUGCCAACAGACGCGACUUUCCUCUCGUGCGGGCCCGUCUACAUUACAUGCCCCUGUUCAGCAUCGCACUCAUCAUCUCGCUCGCGCUGUACGGGCCAAGCUUCGAGUUCAACGACCUGCGGCGGCAGUUUGGUCCGAACCUAGCCGCGCCGCUCAUCCUCCAGUUCCUGAUCGCCUUCUCGGCAAUGGCAACCUUCAACAUCAACUCGACGUUGCUGAUCGACUGCUUCCCUGAGCGCCCUGCCAGUGCGACUGCGCUCAACAACUUGUGCCGCUGUCUACUGGGCGCGGCGGGUGUCAGUGUCAUCCAGCCACUGAUUGGUGCCGUAAGGGUGAUGAGAGCUUUCUUCAUUGUGACUGGCGUAGUGCUUCUUUUCCAAUCCCUCGUUUGGGUGGAGUGGAAAAUGGGGGAGAGGUGGAGGCGAGAGCGAGAGGAGAGGUUGGAUCGUUGUGAGGAACCAUGA